GACGUCACGGCUCUUAUAGCCGUCCGGAGGGCAGCGCGCAGGAGUCGCGCUCCAGUUCCAGCACGCAGAGCCUCGCGGGUGGACCGUCAGCUGAUACCGGGGCCGUUACACGAUAGCCUUCGUCGUCCCAGAUGAGUUACGAGACGCCUCCUCCGUACCCCGGCCCGGGGCCCUCUGCGCCCGGCUACCCCCCCUACAUGCAGCAGCCCAACCUGGGCUACCCCGGCCCCAACCCGGGCUACCCCAACUACCCCCCGGGCCCCACAGGACCCUACCCUGCACCGGGACAGCCAGCCUUCCAGGGGUACCCACAGCAGCCCUACGGGCCCCCUGGACCUGUGUACGUCGAGGCGCCGAAGAAUACAGUGUACGUGGUGGAGGAGCGGCGCCAGGACAACUCCGGAGAGGGCGCCUGCCUGACGGCCUGCUGGACGGCGCUCUGCUGCUGCUGCCUGUGGGACAUGUUCACCUAGCCCCCCGCCCCCGGACCCCCAGCACCCUGCACCCUGCACCCCAGCACCCUGCACCACCCUGCACCACCCCCCGCAGCUUUCGAGGACUCCCUCAGCCUCUCGGAGCGCACUGUGACCCCACUGUACCCCACUUCUGCAGCCCUGCCUCGUAUCCUCGAUGCUCCCACAGAGGGGCAGACUGGCCCGGGCUGACUCUUGGAAUCGGUCCGGAGGGUUUUUUAAAAAAAGCAACAAUUUUUGUUUUGUGUUAAGUUUAUGGGAUUGUUUUUUGUCUUGGAGAUGUUAUUAGCAAUAUAUUUUUCCUGAUUAAAACCUUAUUAAUAUAUUUGAAACUUGUAACUAUCCUUUUAAUUUUUACAUUCCUAGAAUGUGACUGUAGGAAAAAAAAACAAAAUAAAGUUAGUUGCCUAUGUGAAUAAUCAGAAUUGCACAAUUAAUAAAUUAUUCCUUCAAGGUA